AUGUCCCUUCCCUUGCGAUCCCUCGGCCGCGAUGGCCCCCAAGUCCCUGCUAUCGGUUUCGGUCUCGGCAGUCUUGGUGGAUUCUACGGACCAGUUGGCACUCUCGAUGAGAAAGUGGCCCUUUUAGAGCACGCACAUGCAUCUGGACUGCGUUUCUGGGAUAUGGCCGAUGUAUACGCUGACAGUGAAGACGUGGUCGGUGAGUGGAUCAAACGAUCUGGCAAGCGCGGUGACAUUUUCCUGGCCACCAAGGGCGCGCUCCUGCGCCAGCCGACUGGGGGACAUGCCUUCCGGAGUGAUCCUGAGUAUAUCAAGGAAGCAUGCGAAAAGAGCCUUCAGAGACUUGGCGUGGAUACUAUUGACCUUUACUACUGCCAUCGGGUGGAUGGGAUGACCCCUAUUGAGAAGACUAUUGAAGCUAUGGUGGAGCUGAAGAACCAAGGAAAGAUUCGAUAUCUCGGCCUAUCGGAAGUCUCCGUAGCGACGCUGCGUCGAGCGCAUGCCGUUCACCCCAUCGCCGCCCUGCAGAUGGAAUACAGCCUCUUCACACUGGAUAUCGAGUCAUCGACCUCGGAGAUCCUAAAGACUUGCCGCGAGCUGGGUAUUAUGGUGGUAGCCUACAGCCCUGUUGGACGCGGCGUUCUGGCGGGCCAGUUCCAGUCUCACGCGGACAUCCCCGAGGGUGACCUGCGCCGCAUGUUGCCCAAGUAUUCGCUGGAGAAUUUCCCGCAGAUUCUGAAGUUGGUACAAGGGUUGAAAGACGUGGCUGCUAUCCAUGGCGGCACCCCAGCGCAAGUCGCUCUUGCGUGGCUGCUGGCGCAAGGCCCGGAAAUCAUUCCCAUCCCGAGUACGAAGUCGACGGUCAAGAUGGACGAGAACGCGGCUGCUGCGCUGCUGCAUUUGAGCGACCAAGAGGUGCAGAAGAUUCGGACCCUAGCGGAGCAAGCGGAGAUCAAAGGUACUCGGUACCCGGCGCCUGAUGGCUUCUCUCUCGACUGA